AAGACUCAAGUGUGACGUUUUAACAAGUGCUUAUAACAAUAAUAUAUGAACCACAGCAUUCAGAGAGUCACACCAGUAGGUUUUAAAGGUUCUGGAUCAGUCUAAAACAUGAGCUUACUUAGUGAGUCACUAGAUGAAGGAGACUCCACAUUGGAUGCUCUUGAUAGUCUCAUGGAAGACGAUGUUGACAAAGACCUCCUCUCCCAACCCAUUGCAUCCGCUGAUACUGAAGACCACAUCAACAUGCUGGAUAACUACCUGGGGAACAAGAAUCAGCUGGCAGCAAUGGAGGAUCUUGACGUCAUGCCGGAUGUGCUGUUCUGUCUGAGUGAUAAUUCAGAGGGAGGAGGCCAAACUCCCGAACGCAGAGUCUGCUCAGUCAUGGAGGCGGGAGGCCAGCUGGAGGUGGUCGGCCUUGCGAAAGAGCACACGUUCCAGGUGGCCGCUUGCACAGCUGAGGAGCUGAAAGAGAAGUUUCCUUCAUCCUUCGGGGACCCAAUAAUCCGCCCGCUGCUUGAGUUUGACUGGCUGGUGUAUCUAAAUAAUAAGAAACAGGAGCUGAAAGGUGAAGUGUGGGAAUUCAAAGGUUCCGUCAUGUGUUUCAAUAACGACCGGCUUCUCGGUGACGAGAGAGAUCUCACAAUCUGGGCCGAGAAGCAGUGUGGUUUCACCUUGUCCAGGCCACAGGAGCAAUGCCAGACCCUCGCCCAAGAGUUCUACCGCAGACACCUGCUCAACACGGGGCACACUUUUGUGUACAUGGACGUUGAAAUUGGCGGGGAACCGGCCGGACGGUUACUCUUCGAGCUCUUUUCAGACCUUUGCCCGAAGACAUGCAAGAACUUCGAGUCGCUCUGCACUGGAGAGAGAGGGUUGUCCCAGAGUAAUACCCUGUUAUCUUACAAGGGCUCUUUAUUCCACCGAGUCGUUCCAAAUGGCUGGAUCCAAGGUGGAGAUAUUUCUCCAGAAAGCAGAGGAAACGGUGGCGAGUCCAUUUAUGGCCCCACAUUUGAAGAUGAGAGCUUCGCUGUGUCCCACAAUAAGAGGGGCAUCUUGGGAAUGGCCAAUGCGGGACCCCACAGCAAUGGCUCCCAGUUCUACAUCACUCUGCAGCCCACGCCGUGGAUGGACAGGAGCUACGUGGCUUUUGGACGAGCGAUCGACGGCUCUGAGGUUUUGAAGAAGAUGGAAUCACUUUCCACCUCCAACGAGAGACCCACGCAGCCCUGUAAAAUUGUGGACUGCGGCCUUUUUCUACCUUAGCUCCGGAAAUGCACUCAAUAUAUACCAACUAAUUAUUAAACUGAACUGAUUAUCCUGACUACAUGUAGAUAAAAUAUAGAAUUCUUGUCUUUUUAUCUUUAUGUAAACAACACAAUGUAACGUUUUUUUUUUUUCUUUUGCCUUUUCCAUUCAGUUUUGUUAGAUUAAACAUCCUUUUGGUGUUAGUUUGUACCAUAUGUCAGUUUUGGGGACAAUAUUCCACAUUCUUGAAAUUAGUAAAUUUUGGCACCAGGCUCCAAACACCCAAUAUUCCAGUACCUUCUUGGACCUGAUGCUUUCUAGAAUGUUCUGGUACUUUUCCAACAGCUGUAAAGUACCUAGACAGAAGUAACACUCUAGAAAAGCUAGUGGUAUUUUUGUAAUCACUAAACUUUAGCUAUUCAUAAUCGACACAAAAAUCAACAUAACUAAGAACUUUGAAAAAUGUUCAUAGAACAUACAAAUUACCAUUUGUCCUAAAGGUUAUGCUGUGAAUUUGGUUACUUGUGCCAGGAAAAAGUGAAAUAUCAUACAAAUGAAUAGGUGUAGCAAGGUGAGGAUGCGUCAUCCAAAUACUGAGUCAAGUUUAAUUGCCCCCCAGCAUUUGUGUACGGUGGACCAGCGGGUAGCACUGGUGCCUCAGAGCUUCUGGGUUCCUCCUCCAGAGGGGGAGAACAUGCCAAGUCCAUAGAUUGAACUACAUUCAAGCCCCUACCCCAAUGCAGAGCCCAGGUGCUGAACUCUGGAAUAAAGUAACCAAGGCCUUCUGUUGUUUGGGCUGCAAAAUAAUUUAAUGGAGGGAGUCACUGGUAUGUCCACUCAGUUUUUUGUUUUUUGUUUUUUUUUGUUUUUUUUUUUAAAUUGAGCAUUGUUGGUAUCGCAGCUUGUUGCAUCCUUGUUGGCAGGGUAACAUUAACAACACAGUAGAACACAAUGUGCACACUAAGUACAGGAAUGCUGUGGUUUGAGUGCAUUCAAAUAUCUAAGAAUCAUAGUUGCAAUUUUGUUAAUUCCUGAAAAAUUAAUGCUUUCUUGCUUAUAUGCUUUAAUGUACGUGAAUCUUUCUAAGGUUUGGAGCAUCUUUAUAAUGAGAAUUUUCUUGUGCAAGU